AUGUUUGACAAAUUGAAGCAGAAGUUUGAGAAACUGUCGGUAGGCGGGUCUUCCGGGGAGCCAAUUCCCACGGAAGAAGUUGUUUUUGGCGAAGAGCUACCUGAAGAGGUGGUAUACAAGUACAGGUAUAACCACGGUGUAAAUUUGGGGUCCCUCUUUGUGUUGGAAGAGUGGAUCUUCAACUCCGUGUUUGAACAUGGCGGCGGUAAUGAGUUCGAUGCAGUUAACAACUACUUGAAAAAUGGCAAGUCAGAAGAUGAAGUAGCCAAGAAGUUACAGGAUCACUAUCAUGACUAUAGCUGCAGAAUUGAUUGGGAUUGGCUAAAGAAUGAAGUUGGAAUCACAGCCGUCAGAGUGCCAAUUGGGUAUUGGCACGUUAGAGAUGGUGAUUUGUUAUCUGGGUUGCCAUUUGAACCAUUGAAAAAGGUAUAUCAUUUGGCUAAGCCCACAAAUUAUUUGAAGGAUAUUAUAGAAAGUGCAAGAAACCGCGGGAUCGGUGUCUUGAUCGAUAUUCAUGGGCUACCAGGUGGUGCUAAUGGUGAUGGCCAUAGUGGGUUUCCAAAUCGUGGAGCAGACUUCUUCAGAAAUAGUGGUUAUAUAGACAGAAUUUGUAAUGACAUCAUCCCUGCUAUAAUUGAAGACAUAUGCAAACCAAACAAGAAUGUUAUCGGGUUACAGGUUGUGAAUGAAUCUGUUUUUGAUAAUAACGCCCACGGCCAAAAAAAUUACUAUAAGCGGGCUAUUCAAACAAUUGCAAGUAACCAACCAGGGCUGCCAGUCAUUAUUUCAGAUGGUUGGUGGCCCCAACAAUGGUCUGAUUGGUUAAAGCAGGAAAAGUUAGACUUAGUGACAGUAGUUGACACGCAUGUUUAUAGAUGCUUUUCAGAUGAGGACAAAAAGAAAUCUGCUGAUCAAAUUAUAAACGACCUGGAGGGAUCAACCAGUUUUCCUAAGAAUGAUGCCGAUUUUGUUGUUGGUGAAUUCUCUGGAGUUCUUGAUGAAGAAACAUGGAAAAAAUCACCUGGCGAUCGGAAUGAGUAUGCCAAACAAUUUUUGAACAAGGAAUUGGAGGUUUUCUCUAAAUCAUCAUCAUGGGGAUGGUUUUUCUGGACACUACAAUUUAAGUAUGGCGAUGGUGGUGAAUGGGGUUUAAAGCCAAUGUAUGAGCGUGGUGGAAUAAAGAAGAGAUCAACACAAAACAAUCUGAACAUUGACGAUAACAGAGUUAGACAGAUUAUUGAUGAACACAUCAACUACUGGAAGGAUAAAGGUGGUGACAAGUUUGAGCAUUGGAGAUUCGAAGAUGGGAUUAAUUCAGCAAUAUCAGAUAUCAAGGAGUUUGCUCGGUUUGACAAUUCUAGACUGGGAAGAUGGCAUGCGUGGAAGGCCCAAAGAAGGAACGAUUAUAUGAAAAAGAAAGGCGAUAGUGAAUACAUGUGGGAGUGGGAUCAAGGUUAUGACAGAGGUAUUGCAGAAUUCAAUUUCUGA